UUCACCGCUAAAAACUUCCAGAACUGUGGAAUAAUACUCUUAGUUUGACCUUUUAAGUACUAAUGUUAUUUGUUUUGGUCGUUAAGCCAAAUGACACGGGGAAAAAGGAGAAGAAUUCUCUCCAUCAGCUCUUCACCUUCUCACUUUCCCACUGCGAGCGUCUUCCAGCCAGCAGGAGAUGAAAAGCUGCCGAUGAGCGAAUUCUGUGCUAAGUAGCGGCCAUGGCUGCCCAUCGCAUCGUCAGAGUGACGAGCAACAGUCACGUCCUGCCUCGCUGCAAGUCUGAAGGGACGCUCAUCGACAUUAGCGAAGGGGUCAAUGGGGCCAGUCUCAACGAUGUUAAAGUGCCUUCUCCCAGUGCCUUAAGGCUGGACACUUCCUCCUCCUAUGGAGCAGCGCAGGAAGUGGUCGCCAUAAAGGAUUACUGCCCCAGCAGCUUCACUACGCUGAAGUUCUCCAAAGGGGACCGCCUCUAUGUGUUGGACACGUCAGGGGGGGAGUGGUGGUACGCGCACAACAACACGGAGAUGGGCUACAUCCCUGCCGCCUACGUGCAGCCGCUCAACUUCGGGAACUCUUCGCUCAGCGACAGCGGGAUGAUUGACAGUCUUGGGGAAGGGUACGAGGAUGGGUCGAAGGAGUUUGGAGGCCGAGGGGAAUGGACAGGGGUUUCCCUUAAGCCUUCCCCAAUUUACAACAAUACUCUCUUUGCUGUGAACCCCUUUAUCAAAGAUCAAAACUGCAAAGAUUCUGGCGUUAGGAACUCAACGGACCUUAUUCUGUUUGAUGCACUGGCAUCUCCGUCAUCUUGCUCAAACUUGACCUCUAGUACAAUCAUGACCAAUGGGUUCAGCAGCUGCCACAUUAACAGUACAACCCCCACAAGCCCAAAUCAAGAGGUUGUACCUAACCUCCACAGGGAUAAUCCAUUUUUCAGGAGCAAACGUUCCCACAGUCUCUCAGAACUGUCCGUCCUGCAGGCGCAGUCCAAUCCAUCCUUACCUUCUUCGGGGUUCUUCUCAGGCCUUAAGGCUCCUUCCCCGGAGCAGUUUCAGAGCCGGGAGGACUUCAGGACUGCUUGGUUGAACCACAGAAAGCUAGCCAGGUCUUGCCAUGACCUUGACUCUCUGGGUCAGAGUCCAGGGUGGGGCCAGACGCAGCCGGUGGAGACCAACAUCGUGUGCAUGUUGGACUGUAACGGAGGCGUUGUUCAGCUCCCGGACACCCAAAUCAGCAUUCACAUCCCUGAAGGCCACGUCAGCAAUGGAGAACACCAGCAGAUCUCCAUGAAAGCCUUGCUAGACCCUCCUCUGGAGCUCAACACCGAUCUCUGCUCCACAGUGAGCCCUGUGGUGGAGAUCAAGCUGAGCAACAUGGAGACAAAGUCCUUCCUCACGUUGGAGAUAAAGGUAUCGGUAACGGUCAAGAAGGAGAGUUGUCACACUGCGGAUGUGCUUUGCGUUCGCAGUGACUGCAAAGAAGGGCCUUACACGCCGAUCCCUAAUGCGUACCUUUACAAGGACACAGUCCAGGUGCAGCUGGAUGGUCUGGAGCCGUGCAUGUAUGUGGCUGUUGUUGUUAAGUCCCAGUACAUCAGCCACAAUACAACUGUUUGGGAUCAUGUGCAAAGGAAAGUAACUUUGGCCGUCUACGGACCCAAGCACAUCCACCCGUCGUUCAAGACAGUCGUGGCCAUGUUUGGGCAUGACUGCGCCCCUAAUACCUUGCUGGUAAACGAGGUGGGUCGCCUGGUGAGUGCUAGCCCGCCGGUGGCCCUCCAGCUUUGGGGCAAGCACCAGUUUGUGCUGGGGUACCCUCAGGACCUCCUGCUGGGGUUGUACUCCAACAUGUCUAACUACGAGGUGAAGUCCUGCGAGGGGACGGGGGUGAUUCGGGGGUUUCAGGUCAAACUGGGGAAAGUGAGCAGGCUCCUUUACAUGAUCACAUCGCACAGUCCAGACAGCAUUUCAGAUUUUACACUCAGGGUCCAAGUUAAGGACGCACUUGACUGCAUCCUCACGCAGUUCUGCGUCCAAACACCACCACCGCCACCCAAAACCGAAGCAAGGAUAUCAGGCCAGAGGAGGUUUCUAAAAAAGAGAGAGGUGGAUAAGAUCGUCUUAUCACCGCUAGCCGCCACUUCCAAACACCCAAAGUUUCAGGACCGGUGCAUCAUCAACCUGAAAUUUGGCAAAUUGAUCAAAACAGUGAUCAGGCAGCACAAGAGCACGUAUCUGUUGGAGUACAAAAAGGGGGAUGUUGUUGCUUUGCUCAGCGAGGAGAAAAUCAAACUGCGAGGGCAGCUGCGGACUAAAGAGUGGUACAUUGGAUACUAUCAGGGGAAGAUGGGACUCGUCCAUGCCAAGAACGUUUUAGUUCUGGGUAAAGUCAAGCCCAUUUAUUGGAUCGGGUCGGAUCUAACGACCACAGUGCUGCUGGAGCAGAUCCUGAAGCCUUGCAAGUUUCUUACGUACAUAUACGCAACAGUGAGGACGGUGUUAAUGGAGAACGUGGGCAGCUGGAGGGCGUUUGCAGAUGCACUAGGAUACGGGAAUUUGCCGCUGAAUUAUUUUUGCAGAACAGAGCUGGACAACGAGCCGGAGAAAGUGGCUUCGGUACUGGAGAAACUCAAAGAGGAGUGUACGGACACGGAGAGCAAGGAGAGGAAGUCCUUCCAGAGAGAAUUGAUGAUGGCGCUGCUGAAGAUGGACUGUCAGGGUCUGGUGGCGAAGCUCGUGCUGGACUUCGUGCUGCUGACCACGGCGGUGGAGGUGGCGUCCCGAUGGAGGGAACUCGCAGAGAAGCUGGCCCGAGUUUCCCGACAGCAGAUGGAGGCGUACGAGGCUCCGCACCGAGACAAGAACGGACAACUGGACAAUGAGUCCAUGUGGAAGCCGGCCUACGACUUCCUCCUGACGUGGGCCGCCCACGUGGGGGACAGCUACCGGGACGUGAUCCAGGAGCUGCACCUGGGCCUGGACCGGAUGAGGACCCCCAUCACCAAGAGGUGGAAGCACCUGACGGGGACGCUGAUCCUCGUCAACUGCCUGGACCCGCUGCGGGGCGCCGCCUUCUGCCCCACCGGGUACGGCGACUUCGCCGUGUGAACAUCCACCUGCAGAACUUUUGAAAAGCCUGUCUGCUUCGAGGGACACUGGAGAUCAGCGUCUUGGACUUUGAAGACAAUUUCAGGGCGGAAAGUCUUCAAUUUUCAGGUCAGAUCUGCAGGUCCUGGUCUUCUUUUUGGAGUAUUGGAUUCAGUAUCAUCGAUUAAUAGAUGUUCAAACACCGUCGAAAGGUAGUUGGUAAUGAAAAAGUCAAAGUGAAAGUGAUGCGUCUUGUUACAUGAAUCCUUCUACCUUUUUACUCUUCUUCAUCUCUUUGUCAACUCACUGUUUGUCUGUAUAUAUUUUUCAAGAUUUCGAAUUUAUUACAGUUUGUUUAAGUCGUUUUUUCCGUCUCCAAACCUUCCUCAGGACAACAGCAGAGACCUCAACCACUGCAAUACAUAACCUCACAAACUGUGACCUUUGGCCAUCUGUAAACAUUCAUUUGAUCCCCAUACUGAACAUUUGUUUGCAAGCCAAACAAUGCUAACUCUACAUGUGACCCAGUGUCGUUUUUACAGUUUAUCUUAUGCAAGAUAUACUUAGAAGAAGAACAAUACAGAGGAUGUGUUAUCCACAGUGUUAUUGUGGACAUGUUUUGUGAUUCACACCACGUUUCAGCUGUGUUACAGAAUCACAAUCGAAAUUCUAAUAUGUUCUUUCCAACUAAAAACCAAAAGGAGCAUGCACACCUGGAUGUUAAGCCAACAACAUCCAGAUAAUAAAAUGUUUGAGUAUUAAAUUCUUGCAUUUAUUCGUAGUGCAUCCAAUAUUUUCCAGAUUUCCAACUUUUGCACACACAAAUGUUCUCUUUAAUUAAAGAUGAUGUGAUAAAGAUAGACCUUAAAUGCAUUUAAGUCCUGCUGAAGGUGAUUUCAUGUCACUUUUUUCAUGCAAAAUCAGUAUUUUCUAAACUUCUGACUUAAAGUGCAUCUUAAAAGUGCAGCAUGAAUACAAUUGUUAUCAUUUCAUGGAGAGUUCAUGUUUGAAUUAAAACAGUAUAAGUCAGAAUUAACAGGCGACCACAGUUUAUUGCUUAAAUAAAUGAAAUAUGUGACUUUAAACUGUGAAAACUAGUAUCAGAAAAUAUCUAGUUUUUGUUAACUGUAUAUUUAAAGAAGCUUAACUUGUGUUUUUGAGCAUUUUCUCUGAUUUUGUGCUCUCAGCAAGUAUAAUGAGUUGUCUUUGAUGCUUUUGUUGUUCAUUUCGACAUCUGUUUUCAUUUCUCAUUCAGUAUUUGUUGUUCUUGUUUCAUUUCAAUAUGUUUUGUGACUGCUGCAGUGUUGCUAUCUGUUUGGAUUAUGAACAGAGAAAUGUGCGAGGAGUUUAUAUAUUUGUACUAAAGCCUGUCUCUGAUCUGUUUCUGUUCAGAAAGUUUCAAUAAAA